AUGCAUCUUACAACCAAAGAGAUCAGUUUUAUCAUGUAUCAAUGCAAGAAUUUUUGUGGUCCUGCUUCUUCAACUUUCUGGCAGCUGUGCUGGAUGAUCUCGGUGAUUGAAAUUAAGGAGAAAAUACCUCCUGAGAUAUCUGAGAGUGAUUCCUUCAAAUUAGUGCAAGCUCAAGUUGAGUCUCUUCUGCAUAUAAGCGGGGCUCUAGCAUCUGAAGGUAGUUCCCUGAGGCCACCUGAACCAACACGCGAAUUGAAUACCCAGAAUAUUUACGAAGCUUCAGUUGAUAAUAGUGGCUCAUCUAUUAGAAAUACUCAAUCAAGAGUCGAAGGCGUCCCUGAUACGCCCGAAACUUCAAGUGCUAGGGCACAAAGAGAAGUAAUCGAGCAGUUUGAACCAGGUGUUUACGUGACACUCCAUCAGCUACCAAAUGGAACCAAGUGCUUUAAAAGGAUUAGAUUCAGUAAGAGAAAAUUCUCCGGGCAACAAGCAGAAGAAUGGUGGACAGAAAACAAAGAUAGAUUGCUCAGAAAGUACAAUCAAAGCCAGACAAGUAGCACGACAGGUGACGGAAUUCCACCUGAGUCGCCAGCUGAGGUCUUCCACGAGACUGCACCCACUUUUGACGACGAUAAUAUUGUACAGGAGUGACUGGUAUGAUAUGCAAUACUCAGCAAGGCCAAUCUUUUAUUUUCAUAUUUGUGUAUCUACAAUCGAUUAAGACUCUUUUCGAUCUCAUACAAAACCCUAGAAUGGUCUUUUACUCUUUUGCUUUGGUGGUCAUUGUAGGUUAGUUUGAAAUUACAGAAUUACUAGCUAGUUUUGCUAUAUACUUUGAAGCAUGGAACAUAUUAAAGACUAUUGGAAUUGUUCACAACAUUUGUGAUAAUCCAGGUGAUAUUUAUGCAACUA